CUGACAGCUCAUGUUAUGACAACAUAACCUCUCAAGUCCACCUGUUUUUAUUUGUUUGUGUUUCAAAACCAGGAAAAUAUUACAAAAUGAGUGAAGAAACCCCUGCAAAUGGUUUCCCCAAAAAGCGGAACCGGACUAAGCGUAAAAACUUCUUGGCAAACGCGAAGAAAUAUGCGAAAAAGGGGCAAAUGGGCCGCGGCACUCGCAUGCCCGAUGAAUUGUACCAAUACUUCGUGGGAAUCCUCGAUGCUAUGAAGCAAGGAGUUGAAAACAAAGAAGAAAGAGAAUCACUUGUGAACAACGUUUUGGAACGAACUAAAGAUGAAGAGCUAAAUAUAGUUGGGAAUCAGCUCGGUUGCCGAGUGAUCGAGCUGCUGCUGCCGUUCGCAUCCGCUGCAGAUCUGGAGCGUUUCAUCGAAGUCCUCUCACCUGAACUACGUAGACUCUGUUCGGACAACUUUUCUAGUCAUGUCGUUGAAACGUUACUAAGAGUAUCCUGUGAAAGAGCUAUAGAAAAGUUGCAAGUCAUAGAAGACGAAGAAGAAGUGCCCAAAAAGAAAAAGAAGACAGAAACGGAACCGGAAUCCGAAUACAGUGAGGAACAUGUACAGAAAUGCUAUGAAUUCACGAUUAAAAUCUGUAAAUAUGCUCUCAAUAAUUUAGAAGACUUCGUAUGGGAUUCAUAUGCUAAUCACAUUUUGCGUAGCGCUUUAAAAUGCCUCAGUGGAAUUACACUACUGCCUGGUGAAAAACCCAAAACGAAUAUGUUCAAAGUGACAUUGCCAGAUAACAAAGGCAUUCCUCCACAUUUGACGAAAAUGGAAUACAAAAUUGUACCUGACGAGUUCAAAGAAUUAGUGAAAGAGUUUGCUAACCGAUUGUCUGCUUGGCCCCAGUUUAAGGAUUUACCGUACCAGAAUCUAACGUCAGCAUUACUGCAAGUGUUACUAUAUGCAAUCAGAAAUGUGGAUAAUUCAAUAACUAAAAAUUUGUUGAAGAAGCUCUUGGAUGAGAGCUUUGCGCCUGAUGAUUGGGUAUCAAAUGCCAACGAUGAGAAGAAGAAUGAUGAGAAAAUUGAAGUGGACAGUAAAGAUAAUGUUAAGGAGAGCAGCAAUAUGGAGAGUGGCGAAUUGCCUCCUGUUUUUGGAGAUCAAUCAGCUGUUAGGCUCUUGGAGGCUGCGUUAUUCGUGGCCAAGAAGAAGAUGUAUACCCAGAUCUACGCCAAGUGCUUCAUCAACCGGCUCGGCCAGCUGGCCACUGUGCCCAUGCUCAACUUCACAGUACAACGGCUCAUUGACAACUGCCAGUGUAAGGAAGAGUUCGAGCCGAUGUUCGACGAGCUGAGCGCCAAGUUCGGCGCUUUAGUGAUCGGCAACACCGGCGUGCUCGUUGCGAUCGCCAAGGCCUGCGUGCGGCUGCGAGCGAGACAGGCGCUGUUCGUCGCGUUCGAGCCGAUGUUCGACGAGCUUGCUCGCCAAGAUUGCGCGCGAGACGUCCCGAAUCUCGAGGCAGCCCUAGAGUGCAGUACCGAAGCCGGCCAGAAGUACUUCUCAGUGGCGUGCUUACGUCUCCUACCGCUCAGCCGCCUGGACACGUCACAGCUGCACGACGACUACUUCAUACACGUGCACGGCUCCGUCAUGCUGCAGAGCAUCCUGGAGUUCCAGCUUUCUUUAGUGGGCGAUCUCCAGAAGUACUUCUCAGUGGCAUGCUUACGUCUGCUGCCGCUCAGCCGCCUGGACACGUCGCAGCUGCACGACGACUACUUCAUACACGUGCACGGCUCCGUCAUGCUGCAGAGCAUCCUGGAGUUCCAGAGGCCAGCCAAAGCCGUAAACAGCCUGCUAGAGCUGUCUGCUGAAGAGUUACUGGUGGUGCUGCGUGACGCGAAGGGCUCGCACGUGGCCGACGCCUUCUGCCGCAGCGCCUGCGUCGGAGGCAAGGCACGGGACAAGCUCGUGUGGAGGCUCAAGGGCUACUACCAAACGCUGGCGUUGUCCCAGCACGGCUCCCGCGCUUUCGAACGCAUCUUCGAAUCCUGCAGCCCUGAACAGAAAAUAAAACUGAUGGCCGAGAUAUCAGACAAGAGCAGCCUCCUCAACGGGACCGACUACGGCCGGAUCAUAGCGCAGAAACUGGACGUGGACACGUUUAAGGCCAACCAGCAGCGUUGGGAACAGAAAUAUUUAAAGAGAGCAGCUGAGAGUGGAAAUAAAGAUUAAUUCUGUA